CACCAGACUUAUAACACUUUAGUGAAGUCAUUGUGGCUAUAAUGUUAAGAAUAAACAAAGUUUCCUGAGCUUAAUGAGGUAAAGCUAGGUGUACUGAAGGCCCGGCUAGUGACUCGGGGUACUGGCCAAGGAUUAUGAGGAACGCCGAGGCCGGGGACGCGGCCGAGGGAGGGGCCGGCCAAGAGGACGAGCAAAGGCUCCACCACGAGCGUUACGUGUUAAAAAGAGAAACAUGGUGAUAGAGAGUGAGGAUGAGGAUGAAGAGCCCACACUAGACGAGAAUGAACCACCAAAGGCAAAACAAUAUGAUCAAGACUGUGACAUCUCAUCACUGGAGGCUCCAACCUUCACAACUCUGGACCGGGGACCACCUGCUCCCAUGCUGCGGUUGUCUUGGGAUCAUCCAGUUAACUUGAUUGGAGAAAAAGUGCUUUCUCCACGGAUACAUAUUUGUGAUGCCUGUAACAAGCCAAUUCUCAUCUAUGGACGAAUGAUUCCGUGCAAGCAUGUGUUUUGUCUGUGGUGUGCCCGGAGUGAGGACCGAGUGUGUGCUCGGUGUGGGGAGCGGGUGGCCAGGGUGGAGCAGACGGGCCUGGGCACAGUCUUUAUGUGUAAUUACACAAUCAAUAAAUCUGUCUGCAAGCGCACUUACUUGUCCCAGAGAGAUCUACAGGCUCAUAUUGAUCACCGGCACAUGAAAAUGUCUGGAGCUAUGGGAGUCCCUAAAGAAGACAUGAAAGAGGAACGUCUGAGUCAUCGUGAUCCUCGAGGUGAAUGUCGGGAACCACGAGGGGACCCAAGAGGGGAGGCCAGGCAAGAUCCACGAUCAAUGUCAGACCCCAGAGUUGGAAAGGAAGGCUACGAACACCGCGACUCAUAUUCUGGUUCUCAGUUUGGACGUCAGGGAUCUGGACAGUUUAGCAGUGGUCAUUCACAGCCUCACCAGUCACCUUCCACUCACCAAGGAACAUCACACCACAUUUCUGUCAUCCCAGUCAUGACCACUGCAAGGACCAAUCUCAUAACAGUUCCUCUCCAAGACCCCCCAGAGCACUCAUCCCACUCAUCUUUCCAGCACAAUGCUCCAAAUCACCCAACACCCACUCAUCCUCCCCCUCACAUGCCCCCAACUCACCCUCCACCAACUCAUACUUUUACAAGUCCUCCCCCGGCCCACCCCCAGCCUCCUCCAACCCACUCCCAACCGUCUCCGUACUCUACGUCUUUCACCACACCCUACAGCACCCAGCCAGCUCAGUACACAUACCCACCGAACCCUGCAGCUCCUCCACCACCAAAUCCCACUGUCCCACCACCUCCUUAUUCAAGUGUCGCUCCAACCGUCCCACCCCCAACGACAUAUGGCAGUCGGCCCCAGUAUGAAGGGCAGUAUGCAACGGCUGCUCAGUGGUCCACUCCGCCACCACAAGCCCCUCCCUCUCAUCCUCCAGGGCCUCCUCCCCACCAUGCACCUCCACCUUCUGCUCAAUCAUCACAGUAUUAUAGAAAAAGUUUUUAAUAGCAUCAAGACAAUAUAACAAUUUUAAGAGUAUGGAAUGAUUGCAAUAUUAUAGUUAUGAAAAUAUUAUGGAAAUACCGACCAGGUCAGACAGGGUCACUGAAGUGUUAUUCAUUUAUGUUAGACCUGAUCAGUUUGUCACAUUAAAAGCUUCCUUGAGAGAGUGGAAAGUUAAUACUGUAUAAUGUAAAUGGUUUUAUAUUAUGGUCUUCAGAAUUAAAACAAACUUCACAAAAUAUUAAAAACAAAACGUGUGAGUUAGAAGUGUACAUAAGGGGAGACUGUAUCAUGUCUCAGAAGAAUGUCAACAAUUCAUCAAUAAUGGAAGUGUUUAUAAUAUGUAUAUUAUAAAUUGAAUAUAGAGUGAGAUUGUCAUUCAUAAACUUUUGUUAUACAAAUACUGAGAUGUUAUUUAGUGACAUAUUUGUUUAAAGGAUAAAGUUUUAGCUGGGGAAUAUUACCUCAAAUCUCUGCUCUCAAUAAUAAUUCAAAUAUACAUAGACUAAAUUAUGUGAACUAGAGAAGAUUCUGGGGAGACUACUGGCUGGGACACUAGUAGGGUCUGCGUGUUAGUUUGUAUGUAUGCGUGGUGAUUAUAUAAUAGAACAUUUGUACUUUAACAAGGGGGUAAAUUUAACUUGAGCAAUGAAUGAGGUUUAUAUGCAGUGAAUGAAUGGUGUGACUGGGAUGUGGAGUGUGUUUAUGGUUCAAAUUUUUUUUCUCCAAAAUAAGAAACUCGUAUCUUCUAGGUAGCUUUUACAUACGUCUCUCUCUGUCCUUGGCCAGAUAGAGAUCUUUCAUACUGGUUGAAGGUGUGUGUGUGUGUUUUUAUUGGUUUUAAGGCUAAAGUCUGUGGGAUUCUUAGUAUUUAUUCUUUGAGAUGCUUAAAUUUGUUAUGAUUAAUUCUCUAAAGUGGGUUAAUGAAGCACCUUAGUAAUAGGAUAAUGUGGCCACAAUACUUUGAUAACUUGACAAUGCUUUCUUCCUUUUGAUCAUGACACUCAAUCUUUCUAGCCUAUUACAGUACACUAAAUGCAUUGGGGUGGAAUGUUGUCAGAUAUUGAUAUAGACUUAAAUUGUGUCUUUGGAAUUGGAUGUUGGUUUGGUAUUUACAUUAUAUUUAUGAAUGUGUAUUUAUGACACAUUUUGUUUACUGUUGUGUGUAAUUUCUUUAUAAGUUUAAAUGUUAGGGAUAUUAGUAAUGUAAUUACACUUAGUUAUUCCAUAUUGACCGCUUGGUUCAAAUGUCUGACAAACUGUAUUAUAUAAUUUUAACUAAAUUUGUAAAAAGCGACUGAAACCAGAAUGGUUUUUGAGUUAAGGAAUCUAUCAGGGGUUUAUUGAUGACACAGUACUGUAUUGGUUUUUUAACCUCUGAAUACUAUAUAAGCAUGUACAAAAGUUCAGGUCUUUUUGUGAGAUGUUUUCUCCUCUACAGCUGUAAAUGUUAACCAUCUUUUAAGGGGCUCAAAAAUAUAAAGUACAGAUUUAUAGAUACAUCUCAAAAUGUCUAGAUGUUUUCAAGUGCCAUCAAAUAUCAUGUGAAAAUAAAAAAUAUAUAUACCCUGUAUAUAUAUUACAAGAGCUAUAAUGCAAAUACAAUUUAUAGAAUCUUUGGUAGCUGUAAGUGGUGUGUGUGUGUGGUGAACACUGAACACACUUGUUGCAUUUAUUUGUAAUGUGUGAUGGUGGAUAAUAUGAGUUUAACAGAGUCUUGUUAUGUUGUGUCAUCUCUCUCCUAAUUUCCCUUGGAAUGCUUACUUGCUAAAAUAUCAUUCUACUUUUUUAAAAAGGUUGACCUUCUAUCAACAUUAUUAGUAAUUUAAGAGAAAUAAAUUAGUAUAAGUUUUUGUUCUCAACAAAUAUGUGUGUUUGUUAUCAAGGUGUCAGGCAUAAUUGUCUAGGUUUUCUUAUCAUUGAUUUGUAUGAAGGCCAUACAAAAUAUACUUAAUGAUGUACUGUUUAUAUAAUCCAUUUAUUAACCCUUUGGCUGCAGAAGAUUCCCUAAGCUGAAUAAAAUUGUCUGGCUGUAGCAAGAAUAAAAUGCUAAAAUGUAGGAAUUGCAUUGUAAGGGUUAAAGGUUUCUUGCUCAUCAUUGGUAUCAACCCAUCGCUUGAAAUUUAUUCUUAACUUUGGAAAGUUGGUGUUUGGUUAAUGCAUAACAUGUCUUGGUUGUUCUUGAACUAACAGGCUUUGCCAUCAACUAUUUAACUUUACUCUCUAUGAUUUACCAGGAAACAUCUACAUAUACAGUAUCAGAGCCUGUAAUAUACAUAAAUAAAUCGAUGUAAACAAUUCACACCUCUGGGUGCCGGGUUUGAACCGGGGCAACCAUGGUUUAAGCCAAUUGUAGUCCAUUGGACUAGGUGCGUGACUGUCAACCGUGGUGGCCCCAGUUCAAACCCAGCACCCAGAGAUGUAAAUUAUUUACAAGCAUCCACAUUCUAAUUGUUCAACCUAUUAGGCCAGUCAAUAUGCCUUGCUUCCUCCCACAUUGUAAUAUUUCAACUUUGGCCUUCUAUUAUUAUGUGUCAAAUAAAAAUUAAAUCUGAAGGGCAAUGUCAAGUGAUGGCUAGUGCUGAUGGAGGCUAAAUUAUCUCAAUACAGUAUAGCCACCCAUACCCUCCUCAUUAGUUAAGAUGAGAUCCAGUGUUUGUUUAUCCCUAUAAUGAGUCGGAUCUUUAACAUGUAGCAAUAAAAAAUUCUCUCAGUUAUUACAAAAAGAGUUGUUUAGUUAUUAAGGUUGUUUGCUGUUUUACUUUCAUUGCACCUGUCUAUAUUAAUAUAGCUCAAGUCUCUGAUUACUUCCUAGAAUACCAUAAAGAGUAAAGCUAAUUACAGUACAUUGUUUCACUAAAGGUAUUUAUCUAAUCUUUUUAAUCAGUUUUUCUUUAUGUCCAGUUUCCAAAUGUUAAAGCAGUAACAUUAUAAAUUCUACUAAUAAUGUUACAUGUACCAGAGGUGAUUGUAUUUCUAUUUACAGUACAGUACAAUAUGUUGAGACAGUUUGAUAUAUUUUUUCUUUACUUGUUAGCAAUGUUAAUAUUUGUACUGCACAAGUAACAUUAUUUCACAUAAUAAAAGUAAACAUUUUAAGUAAUUUGCAUACAGUAUUUCAAUUAUCUACCUGUACAAUACUGUAUACAGGAAAAUAGAUACUGUACAGCAUGCCCUUCAAAUUCGCGGGGGUUAGGUUCUCAAAAUAGCAGUUAAUCGGCAAAUUUGCAAAUACACGUAUAACAUUUGCUGACCGGGGAGCGGGUUACAUGUUUACUUGUGUACAAAGAAAUAUAUAUUCCAUUUGUGUUUACCCUAAGGAUAACUAUUUCUUUUACCUGUAUUGUAUAUAUGAGUGUGUGAGUACACACACACAUACAGUAUAUACAAUACAGGUAAAGGAAAUUACUUUCUCUAGAACGAAUGGUUUCCUGUACCGGCCACGAAUAUGCCAGCAACUUUACUUUAAAACUGCCCUUAGACAUUCUUGGGUACAUCCAGGGUGUCAUCCGUGAAAUAAAAAUCCGCAAAUUUGAAAGGCAUGCUGUAAAAGGGAACAUGGGGAUAGCUUCUUAACUUUCCAAUGAAGACUUCGGUCAUAAGUAAAAUACUGUACAGUUGGGAACAAAGGUUCGCUCCCUAUGGUGAAACCGGGUCACGGGAAUGAGUCUCCAAACUGACUUACCCCGACUGUUUCAUCUCAUUUGGGGUCGAUGCUCCUUCAUUUUGGACGUGAGUGAACUUUUGACCCUGACGGUACAUGUUCCUACAUGCACAACCUUGUUAAAGACAAUAUAUGGUGGAAGUCAAACAAUAAAAUGGACAAAAACCAACAGCUUUAUUUGGAUGCAAAAUGUUUAGCACCAAAAUAGCUAAAAGCAACUCUUUAUUUUGUCUUUGCCAUGCCAUGUGUGCCAAAGUUCAAUUGCAAAAAACACAAAUUAAAAAACAAAAAAUUGAACAUUCAUACAAAGGCCUAGCAGUAUACUGUACAGUACAUGAAAUUAUGAAACUUCAGACUCUUCAUAAGGCUUUGACUUCUUUAUCAGCUGCAACAACACAAAUAUACUGCAUAUUGUACUUUUGUGCAUAUACAGGCUAUCUUUAUUACUUACACACAAACACACACACUUGCACACGAGUUGUAUUGCUACAUACAGUGCGUAGAGUGCAUGAAAAAAACAAAAACAAAUUUCUGACUUUAUCCGUCAUGCAACUGCACCACUAACAUAUUGUACAGUACUAGCAAAUAUUUCAAGUAUUCAUCAACGUUCAAGCCUUCAACAUUUCAAUAAUUUUCAUUCGAUAAAUUUUAAUUUAAAAUAUAACUUGAGGAGAGAUAUAUAUAUAAAUUCAUUAUUAAAACAAAGAGAAGCUGUCUUCAAACCCUUUACAAAACUGCCUUUAAAACCCACCAAAAAUACAUGAAAGAUUUAUAUUUUUGUGAUGACAAUAAUAAACUAGACAACGUGUUCACUGGAUCACACUUAUAAAGAAUAGUUCUGUACAGUAGUUACAUACAGUAUAUAAUAAACACUUGAAAAAAUCUUUAUAUCAACACUUAUGGGAAAUUUCCACGACAUGAAUUACAUACUGGUAUAUCCAUGGACAAAAUUAAGUGAUAAAUAAAUGUAUGGUCCACAGUGUUUGUACAGUAGUUUGAAAAGUUCUGAAUCUGUAGAAUGUCAAUCAGUUAUUAUAUAAUUAAUAAAAAAGUCUAAAGGUACCUACCAACUUUAAAUGAUGUACAUUUAUCUAAAAAUGCAAAAAUAUCAAACCAUUUAUAAAAUAUAUUUAUAGAGCUAUACAGUAUUUAUCAAUUUUAACUGAUAAAUCAUGAAAAAAAUACAUAAAAUAAAUGCCUCAUCCUCCUCUACCUAAAUCAAGAUGCCACAAGUAUAAGUUAGGCCAGCAAAUAAUGUUUACUAUUUAUUAUACUAGCUACAGUAUUAAAAACUUUGGUGUACAAUGGCAUACUAAUACUAUUUACACGUAUUUAACUGAUAUUAUCUAUACAUUUAAAUAAAGUUGUGCCGAGUCCCUGGUAGCAACAAUAACAAAGUGCAGGUAAUGGAAUCACAACUCAUUUAUUGUAACUAAUGUGGCCAUCAGUAACAGUGAGGGUUGAGUAUUCUUACCCUUCUUAACUACUGUAUACUGUAAGUCAAAUGCCUUAACUUUUUUAUAAUUAAUAAGGUUUUGCACAUACCGAAGUACUUGUCAUGUCUUUCAACAAAAUAUAAUUACAGUACAAGUAAAGUAUUUGACAUCUUUGUCCUAUUAUAGAGGUGUAUUAUGUAUACCAGCUGUGUAAGACAAUAACUCUUUACAUUUGUGCUAAAAUCAUUGACGUUUACAUGAAUAAUCAAGUAAUAUUGAUCAUUAAUGUACAAUACAGUGAAACCUCCAUAUAACGGACUUUUCUCUAUCUAAUCUGUUAGUUGGGGGUUUCCACAUAUAACGGACCCUCGAUAUAACGGACUUUCAUUUCUAUAGUUUGUUAGAUGGAGGUUUCACAUCUAAUGGACCCUCGAUAUAACAGAAUUUCCGUUAAAUAAAGGUUUUACUGUUCAUGAAUCUCGAAUCAACAUUACAGUAUAAUAUUUAGCAACUUUUUUAUUGAAAUUUUCUAAAAACUGAGAUAUCCUACUUUGCAGCAUGAACAUACUGUACUGAAUAUAAGCAACACCAAUGGUAACCACUUACAAUAAAAAAUGUAGUAUAAUACUCAUACUAACUUUUCCUUGUACAGCAUUUUGUAGAAUGAACAGAUGUUUGUCAAGUCUUUCCCUUUGUUAAUCUCAGAGGCCCUGAGUCAUGCAUAAAGGUGACUCCUACACUACUCCUUCACACACUGCAUCAUGACCUUCACAUAUUCCAUUGACUUUUCCAGCAUAAAGCCCCUCUAAACUAUGUUUCUCUCACUCAGACCAUCUAUAACACUUGAUGGCGGCUUCAUGUCACUUUAUACAUUAUUGCAGACAUUUUCUCCACAGGUACGUAACAUACCACCUUAGUGUUACACCUUUUAACUUUAUUAAGUACCAUAUUUCAUUCACUACAUCAUAUCUUAUACUAAUUUCUUAAGUAUUCCUCCUCAACUUCUCCUCACUGCACACCCUUUCUAAAAUAUCAACCUUAAAUAUAUACAGUACAGUAUACUGUACUCAUCAUCCAUAAACCCAUGUGACAAACACUUACACUCGUUCAUGGAGUUCAUAUCUGACAAAUCCCACUACACUGUAUUAUUGCCCUUGUAUUGCUUUACCUUAAACCUCUGGUAAUUAACAUUUGUCAAGAAACUGUCAUUGACAUCUAGCUUCUAAUCCACCAUCAACAACCCUAAUACUGUAUUGAGACUUUUGUCUACCUGGCCAUAUUUCUGAUUAACUUCCUAUUAUCAAUUACCUUGAGUUUAUAUACAGUACAUUUGCAUUCACUUUUCUUUUGUACAUAUCCCAAUAAAUUCAACUUUGUCAUUAUCAUCUUAGCUGAGCACCUAACUUCCCUCCCUCCUCCUCCAGUAUCUUUACUUCACAUCAACACCUUCACUUCAGGGACCCUCUGACACAUCAUCAGUGUGUGUGUUAAACAACUGUGACAAAACACUACAGCCUUUUAUUUACUCCAACUAUGGCAUGAAUCUACUGUGCUCACUCGCUUCACAGUGGUCUAUCACAUGCUCCCUUUUUAUAUACGUACUGUAUCAUCUUUUUCAAUAAGUCUUAUAUACAGCAAUAAAUAGGUCUACAUAACCUAAUUUUACAACAACACAACAGCUGACAAUUUUUAUCUUAUCCAAAUAAUUACAGAAAAAAAUUAUUUUCCAUUUUCUUAAUUCUGUCUUGUCACUACCUGGCUGUUACCUUCAAUUUCAGCAUUUUGAACGAGUAUAACAAACAUGCUUUUACAGUACAGUACA